AUGGCCACUCAAGGUGACUGCAAUGGCGUCCACAUCUUGACAAUCCCAUUCCCUGCUGCUGGCCACAUUCUUCCCCAUAUGGAUCUGAUCCACCAGUUUGUCCUUCGUGGCUUAACAGUCACAAUCCUGGUCACACCCAAAAACCUUCACUAUCUAAAUCCUCUUCUAUCUUUCCACUCGUCGUCCAACGUUCAAACCUUAGUUCUUCCUUUCCCUUCUCACUCUUCCAUCCCUCCUGGAGUUGAAAAUAUGCAAGAUGUUACUCUAUCGUUUGCACCUGAUUUCGUGACAGCCUUGAGUAAACUUUAUGAUCCUCUGGUUCAAUGGUUUCACGCCCACCGAUAUCCUCCUGUUGCUAUUCUGUCUGAUAUGUUACUUAGUUCUUGGGUUAAUUCGCUUGCUUCUCAUCUCAACAUCCAAAAUUUGAGUUUCAGUGUUCUCAAUGCAAAUUCAAUGUUUCAUUGGAUGGUUAAGGCCCUGAAAGUUAGGGAUGAUGCUUUUUCCACAGGGGUAGAUCUUGUAAGUGUAGGAAGUUGGGGUCUCAUUUUCAACACCUUCACUGAGCUAGAUGGGGCUAAAAUGAAUAUGAUCAAGGAGGAGUUUACUAAACAUGAUCGGCUGUGGGCGGUUGGGCCUUUGCUACCUAUAAAAGCUAGCAGCAUGGGUUCCAAUGAGAGGGGCGGACCAAGCUCAAUACAGCAAGAUCAAGUCGUGGCAUGGCUUGAUUCUUGUCAAAGUGACAAAACAGUAGUCUACGUUGGAUUCGGAACCCAGAUUACCUUGACCAAACAGCAGAUGGAUGCGGUAGCCUCCGCAUUGGAGGAGAGUGGGGUGCGUUUCAUUUGGGCUGUCAAGGAUCCAAUGAAAGGGAAACAAAAUGGUGACGACCAAAACGUGGUUCCCCGGGGGUUUGAAGAGCGUGUGGGAGGGAGGGGACUAGUGAUCAAAGGGUGGACUCCUCAGCUGGCGAUUCUGGAGCAUCAAGCCGUUGGUUCGUACUUGACUCAUUGCGGCUGGAAUUCAGUACUUGAAGGACUCCUUGGUGGAGUGUUGUUGCUCGCCUGGCCGAUGCAAGUUGACCACUUCGACAAUACCAAGCUGUUGGUUGACGAAUUGGGAGUGGCCAUCCGAGUUUGCGAGGGUUUAGACAGUGUCCCUGAUGCAACCAAACUGGCUCGGAUCUUGUCUGACUCGGUGAGCAUGGACAGGUUCAGGGAGGAGAGGAAUAGAGCCAUGCAGCUCAGGAAGACUGCAUUGGCAGCCAUCCAAAAGGGUGGGAGUUCAGAUGAAGCAUUGGAGUGCCUAGUAGAAGAAUUGUGUAGCUUAAAUAUAAACGCAGAAGAAAAGGAAAUAAAACCUAACAACAAAUAA